AUGCUCAUUACCUUGUCCACUCUGCUUGCCAGCUCGGGCUUUAGCCUCCUCGCCGGGGCUAAUCCUCUGGCCGCUCGCGGCACCUGGUCUGACUGGCAUACGACUACCGGUACUGAUGUAAGCCCCGCGACAUGCCCGUCUCCGCCUCAACCUGUGACUCUUACCGUCACCGACACAAUUCCCGGGCCACCUCCCCCACCAGUGACGGUCACAACCACACGAGACGGACCGCCUCCACCGCCGCCAGUGACGAUUACAGACACCCGCCCAGGACCUCCCUCGCCACCAAACACGGUAACUAUCUCGACAUGCGGAACACCGGUACUGCCAUGCACAAGAGACACUUCGACAGUUGUGGUUACAGCGACUGAGACCAGACCUGGAGGCGUAUCUACCGUAACCGUCACGGCGCCUGGAGGACCUCCCAGCACGGCGUACAUCACGAUUACGGUACCCGGGGGACCCUCAACUGUGACUCAGACCGUCACCCGUCCAGGAGGCACCGAGACCGAAACCGAGACCGAGACUGAAACCGAAACUGUAACCUCGCGCUUACCUGGCGGCGCCACCACCGUCACCCAAGUCGUCACAUCUCCAGGUGGCACCGCGACAGUAACAUCUACCGUUCUUGGCGGAACGUCCACCGUCACUCGGACUGUUACCUUAACUGCACCUGGCGGGGCCACGGCAACUACUGUCACAGUCACUGCCCCAGGCGGUACCGCCACUGCCACCGUUACCAGUGUUGUCACCUCGCGGGUGCCCGGCGGCGUCACAACGGUCACCGCUCCAGGUGGAACUGUCACCAUCCCAGGUGGAACUGCCACUGUGACUGUUCCUGGCGGCACUAUAACUGUUCCAGGUGGUACCACAACCAUCACUGCCCCGGGUGGGACUACAACAGCCACAGUCACUAUUCCAGGCGGCACUGUGACUGUGCCGGGCGGCACCACAACAAUAACUGCUCCAGGAGGGACUGCUACUGCUACUGUGACUGUACCUGGUGGCACUGUGACUGUUCCAGGCGGCUCCACAACUAUCACCGCUCCUGGGGGAACAGCUACAGCUACAGCUACUGUGACCGUACCAGGCGGCACUGUGACAGUCCCAGCAGGCACCGCCACUACCACGGUUACCGUUUCCGGUGGUGCGACGACAAUCACUGCCCCAGGAGGAACUGCCACAGCCACGAUUACUGUCACAGGCGGCGGCACGACAGUCACCGCUCCGGGAGGAACCGACACUGCCACUGCCACCGUCACCAGCAUCAGCGUCAGCACCGCACCCUGUGGAAGUGCCAGCGGCUGGCAAGACUCACCGGCGCCCACCACCUCCAAGAGCAGCUACCGCUGGAAGUACGCCCGACUCUGA